AUGGGGCCCCCGGGCAAUAGGGGAUCAUGGGGCCCCUGUGUCCUUGGCCAAACUCAGAAAAGCCUAUGAAAAAGGUACCAGGGGCAUCUCAUGGGGCCCCCUACUGACCCCGUCUCUCGGGCAGUGCCCGAGUUUCCAAAUGAUCAGUCCGCCCCUGGUCGUUGCAAAAAACGCCCUCAGGGGCGGACUGACAACUCAUGGGGCCCCCAGGCAAUAGGGGAUCAUGGGGCCCCUGUGUCCUUGCCCAAACUCAAAAAAGCCUAUGAAAAAGGUACCUGGGGCAUCUCAUGGGGCCCCCUACUGACCCCGGGCCCUAGGGCAGUGCCCGAGUUUCCAAAUGGUCAGUCCGCCCCU